AUGAUUGGCACAAGGAUUGCCCGUAUAGGCGGCUCUCUUAUCCAACGGGGCCCCUGGGGUGUGCAGCUGCGCGCCUUGUCAGUCACAAGUCUAGCAAAAGCCGACUCGCAACGGUCUGCACUGUCGACAAUAUGGGUGCCAACCGGGGGUAUCACUGCUAAUGAAGAUGAGUUCGGCCAUGGAAAACUCGUUCGCGGUGGUUUCCUCCGCCAGCUUCUUCCCCUAGGGCUUCGUGUUCAGGAUAAGAUAGAAAAGUUGAUCGAUAAACAUAUGCGCUCAGUUGGUGCAUCAAGAUUAUCCCUGUCAACUAUUUCAUCAGAAGAACUGUGGCGAAAGAGUGAUCGUCUUGAAUCUGUUGCGCCGGAGCUUUUUCGACUCAAAGAUCGUAAAGAGACUCCGCUGAUAUUGUCGCCCACACAUGAGGAGGAGAUCACCAUGCUUGUCGCCGGAAUCGUCAAUUCAUACAAGGACCUUCCAAUUCGACUCUACCAGAUCACCCGAAAAUACCGCGAUGAGCGUCGCCCUCGCCACGGUCUUCUACGCUCACGGGAGUUCCUCAUGAAGGAUCUCUACACUUUCGAUCUCACAACACUUGAAGCUGUGGAGACCUAUCGUCAGGUGUCUGCAGCAUACCGCGCCUUCUUUGAUGAGCUAAAACUCCCAUAUCUUGUGGCCGAGGCAAGCUCUGGUGAUAUGGGCGGUGACCUAAGCCAUGAAUAUCACUUGCCAAGCUCUGUUGGAGAAGAUACCGUGAUAAAUUGUGACUCUUGUGGCUAUACUGCUAACGACGAAGUCGCUGCUCUCCGACCCCCCUCUACGGCAUAUGAUGGUUCGGAGAGCCCUCCGGCGUCUCACUUUCGUGUUUGGCGAGGUAUUUCCAAGGACAGAAAAGCCUUGAUCAAUGCGUGGUAUCCUCGAUCAUCGGGGGCCUCUGCAGAAAGCGGUCUCAACCUUCAUGCCGUCAAAUCAGCAGUCCCUGAGCUGGACGCCACCAUUGAGGAUCCUUUGCCACUUUGGGGAGCAUCAUUGGAGAGCGGAACGACAAAAGUGAUCAAUGUUGUUGAUGGAAGACUUGUACCGGUGUUUGAAAGUGUUCGCGAUCAGUUACCGUUGUUACCCGAAGAUCUUCAACCAUACCAAGUUGAGUAUUCAACAAUUGACAGCACAGCCUCUGGUGGCGGGCUGAAUUUGGCACGCAUCACUGAUGGCGAUGCCUGCCCUCGAUGUGAAGAGGGCGCAUUAAAAAUCCAUCGUGCUUUAGAGUGCGGCCACACAUUCCAACUUGGAACUCGCUACUCAGUACCACUCGAUGCCUGUGUCACUAUACCACGCUCGGGGAUUCCGGCGGCAGCUGCGGAAGAGGGACUGAUUCCAGGGAGUCGUAUUCCUCUUCAAAUGGGCUGUCAUGGCGUUGGCGUUUCGAGAAUCUUUGGUGCUGUUGCUGAGAUUCUUGCGGACGAGCAAGGACUGAAUUGGCCCCGAGCCAUUGCGCCGUUUGAGGUUGCGAUCAUACCUGCAUCAGACUUAGCCGAAGACUCUCUGAGAAUUUACGACUUACUUGCCGCGGGCGACAAUUCGCGUAAUGGCUUGGACGUUGUUCUCGAUGAUCGUCAGCGAUCAUUUGUCUGGAAGAUGAAAGAUGCCGAUAUGCCCCAGCAGCUUGCCCAAGUCAAGAAGCAGCUUGAUGAAGAGCUCGAGCACUUGACGACGUCGUUCGCACAACUCCAUGCCGCCCAGAACAAGUUUAAAGACUGCCUCCGAUGCGUUAAAAGUCGCGCUGCCGCUCCCGAAGGAUCCAACUCUGUACUGGUUCCCCUCACCAACUCCCUCUACGUUCGCGGUGAGCUCGCAGAUGCCGAUACUGUAUUGGUGGAUGUAGGCACUGGAUUCUUGGUUGAAAAGAAACUCAAGUCGGCCGAAAAGUUCUACGAGAGCAAGGUUGAGGAGCUGGGAAAUAACCUGAAAGACCUCGAGGUUAUUGUCCAACGGAAGCAGACAAAUGCACGAACGAUUGAAGAAGUUUUGAGGCAAAAGAUCAUGGCUGGCCAAGGGCAAGGCGAUCAACAGGCCUAA